AUGGAUUUGAAAAGAGCGGGUGAUGCAAUAUAUGUAGGUAGAAUAUUUUCCGAUAAGGUCGAGAUGCACAAGGCGCUAUCACUUUAUGCUAUGAAGAGGAUUUUCUGCUUCGGUAUAGUUGCUUCCGACAAAACAAGAGUAAUUUCAGCCUGCGUGGACAAGAAUUGUGGUUGGAGGGUUUAUGCUGUCACUCUUCCAAACACCUUGAAUUUGGAAGUGAGAACCGUUACAAUGGAACACAACUGCGACGUUACGGCUAGGUCUAGAUAUGGUUCAAAAGCAACGGCAAAGAUAUUGGCUGGACUUUUGCGAGGCAAAUUUGCAAAUGGGAAAAAAGGACCAAGGGCAUGCGAGUUACUAGAAAUGGUAUUGUCAGAGUUGAACGUAACGAUAUCGUACAUGAAAGCCUGGAACGCUAAGGAUUUGGCUGUUAAUGCUACACGAGGAACUAAAGAAGGAAGCUUCGAAUUUCUGUCAACGUAUCUACACCUAGUUAAGUCAACAAACCCUGGGACAAUAACAGAUUUGCAUACGACGGUCGACAAGAAGGGUAACACUUUGUUCAAAUAUCUGUUCUUCGCAUUUGGGGCAUGUAUUGAUGGGUACAAGUUUCUUAGGAAGGUUAUAGUGAUAGAUGGUACAGCGAUGAAGGGUAAGUACAAAGGCUGUUUGGUAGCAGCUAGUGGCCAGGAUGGAAAUUUGCAGAUUUAUCCACUGGCCUUUGGGGUAGUGGAAGUGGAGAAUGAUGCUGGGUGGGUGUGGUUUUUGAAGAAUCUAUCGAAAUUUGUUCCAGAUGAAGAAGACCUUGUUUUCGUAUCUGAUAGGCAUGCUUCUAUCCAUUCUGCACUCGCAAAAGUGUAUCCUCUAGCACAUCAUGCAGCAUGCUCCGUUCAUCUUUUUCAUAAUGUUAAUCACAAAUUCAAAAGCGGCGGUCUGGCUAACCUUGUCUCAAAAGCAGGGAGAGCAUAUACAGUUGGUGAUUUCCGUUAUUGGUUGAGGCAAAUCGAGGAAACAAAACCAGAGUGUGCGGAGUAUCUACUUAAGAUUGGACUACCACAUUGGACACUUUCACACUUCCCUGGCAACUGUUACAAUUUGAUGAGUAGCAACAUCUCAGAGUCACUGAACGCCGCAAUGCAAAAAGCUGUUGAUUAUCCGAUAGUGUCAAUGGUAGAGUUCAUAAGAGCAAUGUUGAUGAGGUGGUUUUGGUGUAGAAGGACAUUCGCUGGGAAGACAAGGACAAGGUGUACACCAAAAAUUGAAGAAUUGUUGAUUGACCAUCUGAAGGAGUCACUCAAUUGUGCGGUCAAUGGAGCUACUGACUGGAUUUACCAAGUGAACGAAGGGAUUGGGUGUGAGUUUACAGUUGACCUUGAGAAAAAAACAUGUACUUGCAGGGUUUUUGACGUACUUAUGGUACCUUGCUGUCACGUUCUGGCUGCUGGUCGAAUAAGAAACAUUGACCCAUACACACUUAUAAGCCGCUGUUAUUUCGUUGGACCAUGGAGGGAAAAGUACAAAGGAGUUGUAAUGCCUCGUCCAAAUGAGAAAGACGUGGACAUCCCAGAAGAAUUGACAGAGGUACCUGUAAACCCACCAAGGACAAAGCGCCAAGGGGGAAGGCUAAAAAAGAGAAGGAUUCCAUCACAGGGUGAAGUUCAUCAUGUAAGUCACGCUAUUUAA